AUGGCGUCAGGCGAUAAGACUCAGCAUUUUGAGCUGCUGGGCAAGUCCCUUUUCAAUCCUCAUGUCAGGCUCUAUGAAACCGAGAUGUAUUCCGAUCUGAAAAUCGCUUGCGGAUGGGACAUUCAUAAAGUCCACAAGGCUAUCAUUUGCCCCCGAUCUACCUUUUUCACGGCCGCUUGUAAUGGAAACUUCAAAGAGGGUUUGGAGAGCAUGAUCAAUCUCCCGGACGACGACCCGACCGUAGUCCGCGAAAUGAUCUACUACCUUUAUAACCUUGACCUCGUUGGUUAUGAGUUUAUCCCCGAGGAUGGGAAUUACAUCGAGGAAGACCUCUCGGACACUGAGUACGACGACCAGACGAUGCGACGCUGGCAACGACAUCACCACAGUAGAUUCGUGGGCAAACGAAGAGUGAGGGGUCUUGUUCCUAAGCUCGGAGUCCGUAUUGGUCCACCAAAGAACCUACCUUUGUUCGCAAAGGUCUAUGCCAUCGGAGAGAAGUAUGGCAUCCCGGGAUUGAAGGCCAUCGCGUUCAGCAAGUUUGAGGCACUCGCCAAAGCCUAUGCCAACACCAACGACUUUCGCAUCGCAGCGGAGGAGGUUUACACCUCCACUAUUGACCAGGAUCGCGGCAUGCGAGACAUUGUUGUCAAGACUGUGGAGGAGAAUGUUGCGCUGCUGAACAACGCAGAUUUCGAAGCUCUCGCCAAGAACACUGAGUUGGGCCACGAUCUUCUGAUGAAGAUCACUUCAACUCAACGUGCAGGUUAG